AUGGCUCACUACGAAAACCUUUUGCCAUCUAAUGGCCAAUGGAAGCAAGACAUAACUAAUUGGCUACAGGAAGAUGUUCCCUCCUUUGAUUACGGUGGAUUUGUAGUCGGAUCUGAUCAAAAGGCUGCAACUCUUUUCUGCAAACAAGAUGGAUAUUUAAGUGGUGUCCCAUUUGCUAAUGAAGUUUUUAAGCAAUGUGAGUUACAAGUUGAGUGGUAUUUUCAAGAAGGAGAUCAAUUGUUAAUCUCUAAAGCACCCCAGGGCAAAUUACCUGUCGCCAAAGUAACUGGUAAGGCUAAAGAUGUAUUACUUGCUGAGAGAACAGCUUUAAACAUAUUGUCUAGAAGUUCCGGUAUUGCUACAAGUUCCCGUCGUCUGAUGGAAGCAGCUAAGUCUGUAGGUUAUCGAGGUACUAUAGCAGGUACUAGAAAGACUACGCCAGGUCUUCGCCGCCUAGAGAAAUACUCAAUGUUAGUUGGUGGAUGCGAUCCUCACCGCUAUGAUUUGUCCUCCAUGGUCAUGCUCAAGGAUAAUCACAUUUGGUCCACUGGCUCCAUCACCAAUGCUGUGUAUGCUGCCAGACGUGUAUGCGGAUUUGCAGUCAAGAUUGAAGUGGAAUGUCAAUCUGAACAAGAGGCAGAUGAAGCCAUUGAAGCCGGUGCAGAUGUGAUAAUGCUUGACAAUUUUGAACCUGAAGGUCUUAAAAUAUGUGCGUCUAGCCUAAAGACAAAAUGGAAGGGACAAAGGGAGUUUUUACUAGAGUGCAGUGGUGGUCUUAAAUUGGAUAAUCUACAAGGUUACCUAUGUCCAGAGAUCGAUAUCUACAGCACAAGUAGCAUCCACCAGGGAACGGGUGUGGUAGAUUUCUCGUUGAAGAUUGACCAUUAA